UUUGCGAAUCUCACCGGUCAGCAAAUGAUCGGCAUGACCGAGCAGAAUUUUAUAGAACGAGAUCCUAUUUGGGGACCUCUUAUCUACAACGAGUUCCGCAAAAACCUCGCUGAAGAUACCUCAGUGAUUGAUGAGAUUAUGAAGAAAUAUAAUGCAGACGAGGAAGCGGUAACCGCUGUCGGUGGAGGACCAUCGACAUCGUUUGAGAUUCCAAAAACGCAUAUCACAGCACCGAGUGGAUCGCCGAUUGUCCCACAAUUUCACACGCUUACACAAACUUUGAAUCAAACACUCAAUCAAACAUUGAAUCAAAGCAUCCAGUUGAACACGAAUCUGGCGCAGAAUCUGCAGCAGACACUGAAUCAGUCGUUAGCGACAAGUCUUGCUGCUGGGUUGUCCACGGGUAAGGGUCUUAGUCCGAUAAAUCUUGGCCUUGUACACAAUGGACUCAGCCCAAGCUCUCCUUUGCUAGGAGCCCAAAUGCAGCAGAAAAUCUCACCUUUACCCAGUGAGAUCACAUCUUUCAACGCCUCUAGCACCGCUACAGCUUGCUCUGACUACGAAGAAGCUGUGGGAUGA